GGUAAUAAAUGUAAUUGAAGAGGGAACAAGCAGAAUAGGUGGCGCCCGCGAGAGAGAUAGCAUUCGACUAAGUAGAGAGAAGAGAAGAGUAGAUCGGUGCGGAGUGAGUGAGUGAGUGAGUGAGUGAGUGAGGUAGCAGAUGGGAACGUUGGGAAGAGCUUUCUACGCCGUCGGAUUCUGGAUCCGCGAGACCGGCCAAGCCCUCGAUCGCCUUGGCUCUCGCCUCCAAGGCAAUUACCUCUUCCAAGAACAACUUUCUAGGCAUCGACCUCUCAUGAAUGUAUUUGACAAAGCUCCUUCCGUUCAUAGGGAUGCAUUUGUGGCCCCUAGUGCCUCCCUCGUCGGUGAUGUUCACGUUGGCAAUGCUUCGUCCAUUUGGUAUGGAUGUGUCCUCAGAGGUGAUGUUAACAGCAUUAUUAUUGGAUCUGGAACUAAUAUACAAGACAAUUCUCUUGUUCAUGUUGCUAAGUCGAAUUUGACUGGAAAGGUGUUACCGACUAUCAUUGGAGAUAAUGUCACUGUAGGUCAUAGUGCUGUGUUGCAAGGAUGUACUGUUGAGGAUGAGGCAUUUAUUGGCAUGGGUGCAACAUUGCUUGAUGGUGUAUAUGUUGAGAAGCAUGCCAUGGUUGCUGCUGGAGCUCUUGUCAGGCAAAAUACAAGAAUCCCCUAUGGAGAGGCUUGGGGAGGUAAUCCGGCAAGGUUCUUGAGGAAGCUCACUGAAGAUGAAAUGACCUUCUUCUCACAAUCUGCCUUAAAUUACUCCAGUUUGGCUCAGGCUCAUGCUGUUGAAAAUGCGAAAAAACUUGAUGAGACUGAAUUUGUAAAAGUUCUUAACAAGAAAUUUGCUCGUCGGGACGGGGAAUAUGAUUCAGUGCUGGGUGUUGUUCGAGAAGCAUCUCCAGAACUUAACGUUCCGGAUAAUGUUUUGCUAGACAAAGUUCCAAAGGCCUCUUAAUUUUUGUUUUUUCAUUUUUCCUUUUUUUUUUUAGCAUCUUUUAUGGGCAAUUUUCUGGAGAGUGGAUGCUUUUGUUUCCAAUAAGUUUGGGAGCUCAUACUGUUAUCUCAAAUAUUAACAUGCUGCACGUCUUGGCGUAUGGCUUUACUUAUCUCUGUACUCAAUUAGAAACCUUACUUUUUGUUAGUAGAUAAUGACUACAGUGAAACAAUUUGAUAAUGCUUCAGUCAUCCAGGGAUACAUCUACAGUUUUAUGGCACUGUAGUUGGACAUGUAUUUUAAAAUAAAGAUUAUCAAUUCAUAUACGCUGGUUGAAC